UUUGACCCAACGCCACCAUAAAAGAGGGAGAGAGAGAGAGAGAAAGGAAAGGAAAAGUCUUGCCUUUCCCUCCGACUUUUCUUUCCCUCUCUGCUUUUCUCUCCCUCCCUAAGUGGGUUUGUGUAGUUAAGAACAACCUUAUAAGAACAACCUUAAUGCAGAGGAAGACAACCCAAAGGUUCUGGGUUUUGAGCAUUUCAGCUGCUUCUGCGUUUUGUGUGUUGUAAAGACUUUGUAGAAAGGGACCUGUGGAGGUUCGAGAAGAGAGGGAUUUCCAUGUGCAGUGGUUCCAAGAGGAAACCUUCUCAAACAGGUUUCGUCAUGGAGAGUGAAUUGGAGAAAAGAGAGGGUUUGCAACCUAGUUUUUCGCUUUUGCUUGAGUUAGCAGCCUGCGAUGAUUUAAUCGGAUUCAAAAGUGUUGUGGAAGAAGAGGGUCAUGAUGUUGAUGAGGCAAGCCUGUGGUAUGGGAGGAGAAUUGGGUCAAAGAAGAUGGGGUUUGAAGAGAGGACACCCCUCAUGGUUGCUGCCAUGUUUGGUAGCAAAGGUGUGUUGAAUUAUAUACUUGAAACUGGUCUUGUUGAUGUUAAUAGGGCUUGUGGUUCGGAUGGGGCCACGGCACUUCAUUGUGCUGCUGCUGGUGGCUCUGCUGCUUCGGCUGAGGUUGUUAAGCUUUUGCUUGAUGCUUCUGCUGAUGUAAAUGCUCUUGAUGCUAAUGGAAAAAGGCCCAGUGACUUGAUCUCUCUGGUUUUGAAUUCGACUUCUAACCUCAGGAAGAAAAAAUUGGAUGUCAUGCCGAAGGGCUUUACUUGUGUUGAGGAUCCCUUUAGUUUGUUUGUUCAAAUGGGGCAUGAAAUGGACGGGCAAGAACAGGAAGAGGCCUUGACACCUCGGGUCUCAAAGGAUGGGACUGAGAAGAAAGAGUAUCCUGUUGAUCUUUCUCUUCCAGAUAUCAAGAAUGGGAUUUAUAGCACAGAUGACUUUCGAAUGUAUACGUUCAAGGUCAAGCCUUGCUCAAGGGCUUACUCGCAUGACUGGACAGAGUGCCCUUUUGUUCAUCCGGGGGAGAAUGCCAGGCGGCGUGAUCCAAGGAAGUACCAUUAUAGCUGUGUCCCUUGCCCAGAGUUCAGAAAGGGGUCGUGCAGGCAAGGAGAUUCUUGCGAGUAUGCGCAUGGUAUUUUUGAGUGUUGGCUUCACCCUGCUCAGUAUCGAACACGCCUUUGCAAGGAUGAGACAGGAUGCACCAGAAGGGUCUGUUUCUUUGCUCAUAAGCCAGAAGAGCUUCGCCCUCUUUAUGCAUCCACGGGUUCUGCAGUGCCAUCUCCGAGAUCCUUCUCGGCCAAUACUUCUGCACUGGACAUGGGCUCGAUCACCCCACUUGCCCUCGGUAGUUCAUCAAUGUUGAUGCCAUCCAAUUCAACACCUCCCAUGACUCCCUCUGGACCCACUUCUCCUAUGGGUGGAACCAUGUGGCAAAACCACUCUAGUAUGGUUCCGCCUACCUUACAGCUUCCGGGUAGUCGGUUGAAAAGUGCCCUAAGUGCUAGAGACAUGGAUUUAGACAUUGAAUUGCUUGGGCUUGAAAAUCAUCGUCGCAGGCAACAGCAAUUGAUGGAUGAGAUAUCUAGUCUCUCCUCCCCAUCCGGCUGGAAUAGUCCCUUGUCCAAUGCUUCAGCUUUUGCUGCCUCCCCAGGUGAUCGAUCUGGGGAAUUAAAUAGGCUUGGACGGAUGAACGGUAUUAAUCUUGAUGACAUUUUUGGAUCUCUGGAUCCUGCCCUUUUGCCUCAAUUACAGGGACUUUCUAUGGAUGUCUCAGCACCCCAGUUGCAAUCUCCUACUGGGAUGAAGAUGUUUCAGAACAUGAACCAGCAGCUCCGGUCAAGCUAUGGUACCAGCCUUUCAUCCUCUCCUGUGAGGGCAUCGUCCUCAUUUGGAGUUGACCCAUCUGGUGCUGCAGCUGCCACAGUUUUGAAUGCAAGGUCGGCUGCUUUUGCAAUGCGGAGCCAGAGCUUCAUUGAGCGAAGUUCUGUGAAAGGUCAUUCUGGCCUUUCUUCGCCUGGUGCUUCUGCAAUGCAUUCUACCCUUUCGGAUUGGGGCUCCCCUGAUGGCAAGUUGGACUGGCGACUCCAGGGAGAAGAGCUGAACAAGCUUAGGAAAUCUGCUUCUUUUGGGUUCCGAAGUAAUGGCAGCAGUCAUGCAACAGCUGCAGCCUCGAUGCCAGCUACCGUCAAUGAGCCGGAUGUCUCUUGGGUUCAGUCCCUGGUGAAGGAUGCCCCGCCUGCGAAACCUGGGCAGUUAGGUUUUGAGAAGGAGCAGCAGCAGCAGUGUCAUCUUGACACUGGAGGCUCGGAGAUGCUUCCGGCUUGGGUGGAGCAAUUGUACAUGGAACAGGAGCAGCUGGUGGCAUAAAAAGCAUAUUUAACCCCUAAAUUGCUUCUAUCUUAACAUUUUAACUAGUCUUUUGCCAUUUUUUUAAUCUUUAUUGAUAUUUAUCAUAUUUAGGUGUAGAGGAACUGGCAAGGGGGAUAAAAGAAUGUACCCCCGGGGAGAAAACAAAGAAGUUGGGCAGGAUGAAAGGUUUCUGCUCAUACAAUUAUUAGGUUCUUCAGAAUAAUAGGUUUUAGUUUUGCCAUUUUUCUCAAGUCGGUUCUUCUCUUCAUUUUAGUUUCUACCCAAGCAGAAAGAUCUCUGAAGCAUGAGGAUUUUUCGGGAGUGGAACUAGAGAUGCUGAUCAAUAUAAACUUCAUUAUCUCAUUUUGCUAUUGGGAUUUGUAGGCAUACUAAUUUAUGGGGUUUAUCUUUUGUUGGUGGGGGUUUUACAUCAUAUGUAUUACAAGCUGUUAUUUUUAUAAAUAAUUAAUGUUUCUUAUAUUAA